GUAGCUGAGUGAUAGUGUAACCUCUUCGACUCUGUUAUCUCUUCCAAAUGGCAUCCUCUUUGUAUGUUCCUCAGUUCGUGAAGCACCUUGACUGUAUAGAUUGUUCUGUUGAUGAAAUGCCCAUCCCCUCAAGCUUUUCAAGCAGAUUUGGUCAUCGGGUUAGUGAUUCAGUCAAGCUCAAGUUUCGUAACGGUUAUAAGAUUCGUGUGACCUUCGACCGGGAUGGGAGUGAGUUCUUAGGCAUGCAUGACGUUUUUGUCGAUUUCGGGUUAUUUGGCGGGGAAGUGCUUAUUUUUCAAUUAUGUAGAAGGGAUUGUUUCAAAGUUUAUAUCAUUGGUGUUGAUUGUUGUGAAAUCGAGUACCCGGCUAUUGUUCACUCUGCUCAGAAAUGUACUCCUAAAACUGUGUGUGUUAGGCCUGAUGGUUGGAGGUUUGUAAAACAUCUCAAUCUUGCUAACGGUUUCGGUGAUGCAGUGGUUCCACCACAGUCUUUUCUUGGCAAGUUUGCUGCUACGUUGCCUACUCGUUUUAAAUACUUCGUUAACAAUGGUGCUGAGUUUAGAGGCCACUACAAUAGGGAGGAUGGCAUAUUGACUGGUUUAAGUUCAAUUCCUGAAUACCUACGUUUGGAGGAUUUGAAUUUCUUUGAUUUGGUAGUUUGCAGUGGGAAACCGGGAUUCUGA